ACUUGGGGCGGUGUCGGUUUUCUCUAUUCAGACACGAGCGUGGUUUUUGUGCGAAGAGAGAGAGAGAGAGAAAUGGAUGAGGAGAACGGUUACAGUGGGAGUAGCAGCUCUAACUUGGAGACUACAAAGGCUGAGAGAUCGGUGUGGCUGAUGAAGUGUCCUUUGGUCGUCGCCAAGUCAUGGCAGACUCAUCCUCCUUCUCAACCUCUCGCUAAGGUUGUCCUCUCCCUCGAUCCUCUCCACCCUGAGGAGGAUGAUCCCUCUGCAGUUCAGUUUACAAUGGAGAUGGCUGGCUCUGAUGCUGUGAAUAUGUCAAAAACUUAUUCAUUGAAUAUGUUUAAAGACUUCGUUCCUAUGUGCGUCUUCUCUGAGACUAGCCAAGGUGGCAAGGUUGCAAUGGAAGGGAAAGUAGAGCAUAAGUUUGAUAUGAAGCCCCAUGGUGAAAACAUUGAAGAGUACGGUAAAUUGUGCCGUGAGAGGACAAACAAAUCUAUGAUUAAAAAUCGACAAAUACAGGUUAUUGAUAAUGAUCGUGGAGUUCUAAUGAGGCCAAUGCCUGGGAUGAUUGGUCUAGUUUCAUCCAAUGCCAAGGACAAGAAGAAGACACAGCCAGUCAAGCAAUCUGAUACAAAGAGAACAAGAAGAGAUCGGGGAGAACUGGAAGAUAUAAUGUUCAAGCUAUUUGAAAGACAGCCUAAUUGGGCCUUGAAACAGCUUGUCCAAGAGACUGAUCAACCUGCGCAAUUCUUGAAAGAGAUCCUGAAUGAACUGUGUGUGUACAAUAAAAGGGGCGCCAAUCAAGGAACUUACGAGCUGAAGCCAGAGUACAAGAAAUCUGUUGAAGACACUAGCGCUGAAUAAGUGCUGUGUUCUUUACAUUCUAUUAAGUGUUAGGGUAAAUAGGUUAAUGGGAGAAAGAAUGGUUGGACGAAAAAAUACCAACCAAACUGUAUCUGAAGAAUACUCUGUUUUUUUAACUGAUAAACUAUGAUGCAGUUGUAUACCUUCAAAAAGGAAAUUUAGUUACCCAAAAAUUAAUAAUGUUAUGUGGUUAAGCGUAGAA